CCGAUUCGAGUUGUGACAGCAACCAGCACCAGUCGUCAUGUACCGAUUCCUUUCUGUCGCUGCCGGUGCUGCGACCAUCGCGUCGGCGGCUCCAUUCAAAGGAGCCAACAACUACAACGGCGACAAGUAUGACAACGACGGCAAGUACGGCUACAGCCCGAACCAAGUGUCGUUUGCCCCUGCAUACCAGAUCAUCGACCCGAGCUAUGCAUCGACGAUCCUGGCUCGCUACCAAGAGUGCGUGACGAAAAAGUGCUCGACGUUGCCAUCAGGCUACUCGUCCACGUCAGUGGAAGACAACUUGAGCUCGAUCGCGUCCUACACGUCGUGCGUGACGUCGUGCGCUGGAGCUGAAGCGUUGCAAACCACGCAGGAUUUCCAAAAGUUGCUGGGCGAAGUGCUCGAGAUCGGAGCGAGCCAACUCAAGACAGUGCGCAAGCACUUGAGUGGUCAAGACGCUUCGUUUGAUGCGAUUCAACAACGUAUUCACAUCGGCGAAUCGUGCUGCCUUCCCAACGACUACUUUGCCGAGUGGUCUCGCAUCAUGGUCCCGGUCAAAGUCGCCGACUUCAAGCCGUACAACCCGCCACGACCCCCCCGUCGCAAACGACCGACAGGCUCAAACGGAGGCAAGAACCCGAACGUGGUCGUCGAGCAAAUCGACGAUGGUUUCGACGGAAACGAUGACGAUGACUUGAUCGGAGAUGACGACGACGAUGACGACGACGACAGCGACGACGAGGACUGGUUGCCCCAAGACGAGGACGACGAUGACGACGAGGAAUGGCUCCCCAGCCGUCCUAUCGAUGUGUCCAAGCGCGAACUCGUCGAUGACGAACCUAUCCUUUCUGCCCCUCGUCCUCCUCGUGGCAGGACCACUCCCGUCAACUUUAUGAUAUCGGCCCCCGAGUACGUCGCCCACUGCACAAACCGGCGCACGAGUUUGUCCAAGAAUGCCCUCUACGACGCCAUCGAGUGCGACGAUCGAUUGAACCAGUACCUCAUCUUCUUGCAAGCGAACGUUGGCCACUUGAUCUUGAGCCCCGACUGCGACGACCGAACCCCUGACGGUGCGUGCUGCAAAUCGGCCAGCGCCAACCCCCGCGCGACCCCGUUUCCAACGGACGUGUGCGUCGCGUACGAGUCGUCCCAUGGCGGCAAGGUCGCGACCCUCUCCGUCCCGUUCGUCAAGCCAAUUCAGUUUCUCAAUGGCCGGCUCACGUGCCCCAGUGACGUUUUGGAAAAAGUCCCGAUCGGCACCGGCGACAGCAAGCCCGACUACAUUGUCAAGUACCAACGCGUCAAACAACGGGAUUUGAAAUAUUUCACUGUCAUGUCGGGGCUGCCGAGCCAAGUCGAGACGAAAGACUUUGUCACAACAUGCAAAUACGAACAGGGGUUUGUCGGCACCAAGAUCGACAAUGGUUUCUUCACCACGAGUGGCAAAUCGCCUUCGGUCGGCGACAUUGACGCCGCCAAAAAGUGCCCCACUGACGGGCUCUUUGAGUACUGCAGCUUGGACCAGUACGCGAGCUUUCUCCAAACGCAACUGUUUGACCACUCGGGAUGCGAUAUCUCGGAGCUGCGCUCGCAACACACGGACUCAUCGUCGGCGUACCAAACCGUGGCAUGCCUGUACAAGAUCUUUACCCUCAAGUGCGACUGCAUGGAAGCCGUGUUGAACUGCUACACGCACGCGUCCAAGUUCGACAACGCGCUAUCCAAGACAAUCGGCCAUGCCGCGUCCAUCUUGUGCGGGUUCAUUUUGUGCCAGCAGCCCAGUGUGUACAGUCUCUUUGGCGAGCAGUUUGCGAUUGAUCACGCGAUCCUGAUCAAAGAGUUCCUCCAGUCGGCGGGCUUGAUGUCGUCGCAGGUGACCCCCGCCCUCACCAUGUUGGUGUCGUUUGGGCUCGGCAUGAUGGCGCUGGUCGCGGCAAAGAAGGUGAAGGGCCACGGCCCCGUCAAGAUUGAAAAUGGCUACCAGAACCUUAUUUAAAGCUCUGCGAUGAUGCAUAUCGGGUGCCGUGCGAGGGCUUUUUACCGUGUCGAAAUUUGAAUGUAACCAUGUAUGAACAAACGACGAGUGCAUUUGCCAA